AUGUCUCGCCUCAACCAAGACGCACGCGAACAAGUUACCUUCCUGUGUGAGAAACUAUGUGGGAAGAAUGGCCUUAAAUUGGUGGACCAGGAUGGCCACUUUGGCGAUCUGAGAAGACUCAAUAUCCAUCAUGAUACUCAAUAUGACUUUGAGAGCCUAAACUCUGAGGCUGCUUGUCUGGACCAAGACCCUCCCUUUCUCUUCUAUCCUCUGCCUCAGGAGAUUCUCAACCGCUACCCUCUGGACCCUCAAGGAUUUAAGGACGGCUAUUUUUUUGAAUAUAACCCAGAUAUUCCUUCUACUUUAAAAUUGAGGAUAGAUGAACGCACAAGGGGAGCCUGCAGCUUUGUGUCUGAGUGGGCAACUCGCUUCAGGCCAGGUUUACCAGCUGGUACCACAUCACUUCUAGAUAUUGUAAAGCUGGAGGAAAUCAGCCACCCAAACCCCUUCCUACUAGAAUCAAGCUUUUUUGGAUACUAUUGGAUCCCAUCAAUCUACUGGGACACCUAUCCAAGCCUGGAGCCUGAAAGGCAAGACAAUCAAUAUACCUUUUCACAGGUGACCCUUCAGACCUUCCAACCGCUUGUUGGCAAAGAGGAUUCUAUUCUCUUUGGAGAGAUGGGUGCCCUGCUUUCAGGUUUAAAAAGUCGUGUCAAUCAGCCAAAGGUGGAUGAUGAGCAAGUCCAGGAAGCUCUUUCUAAUGAUCCUAGUAUGGCCAGUGACUUUGAGUUGGCAUUUCCAGAUGAAGAGCACUUUCCAGUCCUGAUGCUUUCUUAUGUGGGCCCUCAACAUGGACGGCUCUUCUAUGCCUAUAUGGAUGGAAAGCAACUCAUAAUCCAACAAUCAAAGCUUUAUGGCUUUGAAAAGAAGUCAACUGCACCGGUGGAAUUGUUUGCUCGGAUGCUUCUGAGUCGUCCUCUAGCGCUUCCAGACUCUUGAGAAGGAACUGACCG